CGGGUCAGGUGGAGCGGGGCAGAACCAGCGGAGCUGGGAGGCAGAGUGAAGUGGAGCCGGGGAGAGUCGCUAGGGGUUGAUCUCCCCACCGCCAGCUGGCAUCAUGGCUACCAACUGCCGGCCGUCAGAAAGAGAGAAGCUGCUGACUUCAGUGAACAGUUAUGGCUCCCAGGAUGGUGUCCACGAGAUGCCUCCUCGGCCCAGCCUCCCGUCUCAGGAGCAGGAGGAGGAACUGAGAAGGAAACUGAAGUAUUUCUUCAUGAGCCCCUGCGAUAAAUUCCGAGCAAAAGGCCGGAAACCCUACAAACUGUUGGUGCAAAUAGUCAAGCUCAUCGCAGUCACGACACAGCUGGUCCUGUUUGGGCUGAGUAACCAGAUGGUGGUGGAUUUUACAGAGGAAAACACACUGACCUUUAAGCAUCUCUUCCUGAAGGAUUAUGUGGAUGGGGUGGAUGAUUCCUAUGCUGUGUACACACAAAGGGAUGUCUAUGAUUCUAUUUUCUACACAGUUGAACAGUAUCUCGCUCUGCAAAAUAUGACUCUGGGACGGUACGCCUAUGUGUUUGACGGUGAUGAGAAUCGCACUGCUCUGCAGCUCUGCCAGCGCUUUUAUAAGAAGGGCAGCAUCAAUCCUGCAAAUGACACCUUCAACAUCAACCCACAGGUGGUAACAGAGUGUGAGAAUGUGAGUCCCACCUCACACAUCAACCCCAGAGAGACACUGAACUACAGGAACAUCACGCUGAAAUUCUACAAGCUUAUAAAUGUCUCCAUACGGUUUAAACUGAAGGCCAUAAACAUUCAGACAAUUAUCAACCAUGAAAUCCCAGACUGUUACACAUUUCAGAUUCUAAUCCUGUUUGAUAAUAAAGCACACAGUGGCCGGAUAAAGAUCACCCUGGAUAAUGAUGUGGUUAUUAAUGAGUGUUCUGAUCCCAGUGUUUUUGGAUAUGCUAAUAGUGAUGCUGGACGGCUGACCUUUGACAUAUUUGUCAUUUUACUAUGUGUGCUGUCUUUUGCCUUGUGCAUUAGAUCGAUCAUCCGAGGAAUCAUGCUGCAACACGAAUUUGGGAAAUUCUUCUGGCUGAAGCAUGGGAAGAAGGUGUCAUGCACCACUCGCAUGGAGUUUCUCAACGGCUGGUACACCCUGCUCAUAGUUAGCGACAUGUUUACCUUCAUGGGAACAAUCAUGAAGAUAGGAAUUGAGUCCAAGAAUUUUGCAUCCUAUGAUGUGUGUAGUAUUCUACUAGGAACUUCGACCCUGUUGGUUUGGGUUGGAGUUAUCCGCUAUCUGAGUUUCUUUCAGAAGUAUAACAUCCUCAUUGUGACUCUUCGGGCUGCUUUCCCCAAUGUGAUCCGGUUCUGCUGCUGUGUGGCUGUCAUUUACAUGGGUUACUGCUUCUGUGGAUGGAUAGUCCUGGGGCCUUAUCAUGACAAGUUUCGGACGCUCUCCAUGGUCUCCGAGUGCUUGUUCUCGCUCAUCAAUGGGGAUGACAUGUUUGUGACGUUCUCUCACAUGCGGCAGAAGAGUACGCUGGUGUGGCUAUUCAGUCAGCUCUACCUGUACACCUUCAUCAGCCUCUUCAUCUACAUGGUCCUCAGUCUCUUCAUCGCCCUCAUCACUGGCUCCUAUGAAGCCAUAAAGCAUCAUGGGAUCAGUGGGGUACACCCCAUCGAGCUACGCGAGUUCAUCGCCGAGUGCACGGAUGCUCCAAGCUCGGGCAAAUUCCGCGAAGUGGAGAGUUCUGUCUGCUCGUUUUUCUGCUGUUGUGACAGGAUGACCACUUAUGAGGACACCCUCUUGGUAAACUGAAGGUGGUGUAUGCUCAAGGCACUGCCGGACCUUGCACAGUGAUUCCAGCUGUCUGCGCACUGUACAGUAACUGAAUCUUCCAAUCAGAUACGGAAUGUUGGGUGGACCCACAAAGGCUUUGUCCUCUGUACUUCAACUGUCACGGGGCCAUAUGCAGCAGAGUGGCUUGAGGGAGUGAGUAAUGGAAAUCCUUCAUCCAAAUAACUGAUCAAAAUGGCUGACACAUAAGGAAGAAUAUUUUCAAAUAGAGAUAUUUUAAUUUUUACGUAUUAACGUAAAGGAAAUUUUACUGAGAGACUAUAAUGUUAUUUAAUGAUUUUAAUGCAAUGAACUGUAGGUACUGAUGUUUCCCUGCCUUCCCCAUGUUCCACUGAUGACACGUGCAACAGUAACUGGCCCUCUCACCUGAUGGUGGAAUAGACUCAACCAGACAACUUAUGCCAGAGACGUCAGUAAUUCCGUGCAUGGGGGGGAGGGGUCAGUCUACAUUGGUAAACUGGAUCAAUAUGUUGGCAAAUGGAACAGAAUUAAACAUUGGGGACUGCUACCCUCAUAGAGGUCAGUGAUUUUGCUAUAAUCCCCAGAGGCUAUUCAGUCCCUUAAGCCUACUCAAUGGUUGAGUUAGAUCCUGGCUGGUCUGUAUUUUAACUCCAUUUUAACUGGUUUUAUAAUCAUCUUAAACACCUCAAUUAGAUCACCUCUUCAUAUUCUGUCCUCCAGACCUUGAAUAUUCAACUUAAUUCUUUUAGCCCUGGUAUCAUACUGAUGAAACUGCACAGUACUGCCCUCCCAAGGCCAGUAUAUUCUUCCUGUGAUGUCUGGAACUGAAUGUAAUAUUACCAGCUUUCUUUUUGUGAGCUAUUGAUUUUCUCACUAGUUAGUAAUCAUCUGGACAGGCUAGCUGUUGAGUGGACUAUCCAGCAGUGUUUUGCCUUGUGAACUGGGCAUGAGAAGUCUCUCCUUCAAAGUGCUUUUUCCGCCCUCAGGGUUUCUGUUGACACUCGUGUUGGCCAAUAAGUUGAAAGCAGUGAAAGAGUUAUGGCAGGACUCAUAGCAAGGAGUGUGUUUUAGAACAAACAAAGUCACCAGAUGCUGUAUAAUCUGUGCAUUGCAGUAAACUGUUUACAGAGUCUGUUUAAAAAGUCUCUCUCUCUUUCUCCAAUGCAGAAAGUGGAGGAUGGUUGCAUAAUACAAAUUAUGUGCAUAAAACCAAUCCGUUAUUUAAAGCAGUGCAGUGUCCAGGUGGGAUUGAAGGGGGAAUUGCCCCAUCAUCUCCAUUCUGACAGGGACUUGUCACUAUAUGCAGUGGGGACUUGUGUUGUCACUAUAUACAGCCCUUUUGCAUUUUGCAUUUCUCUUAUUUGCUGCUUGGGCGGAGAUGAUAUAGAAAUUGAGUAUUAAGGUGGUACAGGUUUUUGGUGACAGUUCACACAGCUGCCCCAGGACUCUGGCCCCUUUGUGUAACUGCAGGUUUGGGUUGAAGGCCAUCUAUCUCACGGUACUGGUGAUAUGAAUCUCUAUCGGGAACAGGAGUCCCCUUCAGCACUUUUUGAAUCAUGCCUUAAGAAUAGAUUUUGGUACAAGAAGGGUCCCUACCUAUUUGGUGACCUGGGCUUAAGUGCCAAAGCACUGAUAGCAAAGGGGCUGAAGAUUUAAAGAAGCAAAGCUCUUUUAAUUUGAGAUCCUUUUAAAACAUUUUAAAACUCAAAUCAUGAUUUUGGUUCCCUUUGAGGCACUAUGUAAAAUAGAAGUAAUUCACAAACUGAGCUGUUAUUAGUCACCAGCUGUGGUGUAACAGCUGUAUUUGCAUCAACUCCAGUUGCUAGUUGGCUGGGAUUGUAGGGGAGUGGGCUGGUGGGCAAGACUUUUGGGGAGCGGCACGGUGGGGGCUGGAGUUUGUGGCGGGGGCAUCACAAGAGCAACACUAGCAGGGCACUGGGACAAUGUUGUGGGAAUCUGGUGAUGUCUGGCCAGCGUUCAAACUAUGCCCUGUGACUUCCCCAGCCUACCACCUCCCCAAGAUACCGCUCCAGGGCUGCUGUCUGAAAUGCUUCCUGCAGAUAGAUGUCUUCAGACAAAAAAAAAAGAAAAUGGCAAAUUCUAGGAAUCUGAAUUAAAAGUGGCAGUGCCCAGCAGGCAACUCAGCAGCUGAGAGGGAGAGAGGACAUGCUGACAUCAGACUUGCCCUCCCUGUCUCAUCCAAUGCUAAAAACAAGGGUCUGUACCCAGUGCUCUCUGGAGUUUGGUUCUGAUAAAGGACCUGCACCCGACCUUCUUGGGAGUUCGGUUAUGGUGAAGGAUCUGUAACCAACCCCCUUGAGUGCUUGGUUUCAAUGAAAGGUCUGUACACGACUUUCCCGUAUACUGAUGGGCCUGUGUGUACUUAUCAUGUGCUAGAUGAGCCUUUGCAUUUAUCCUGUGCUGAGAGUAUGUCUGUGUCUGUGCUUCAGAUGGCUGAUGCCCAUUGAUGUGCAAAUUGUGCAGGAGCGAUUAAUCUCGCACCACAUCUAUGUCUCAAUGUGGGGAUACACAGAUAAUUCUGGAAACUGGGAUCCAUGUGUUGAAGGUUUAUGUUCUAUUAAAGCAGGGUUCUCUUCACUCCCCUUCAUGGGAUCAUUUAUACAUGUAAGCAAGGCACUUUAGAGGAUGAGAAUACUCACAGCUCAUAUUAGGUUUGUUUUGGAUGUGACAACCUGGGUCAUUUUCUCGGCCAUACAUUCCUGUGUAUGUGUGUUCUGCCUCCACUAUGCUGCUCGGAAUCCAGAAAUACUCUUCUUAGAUAAUAUAACAGCCUGUGUACAAUUUCCUAUAUUAUGCUUCUGUUUCCUAGACGCACAACUAAUAAAUUCAGUUUAAUGUC